CAGGCAGAUCAGGUGCAAACAGGCCCCAGCCCUUGCAUCACCCCUACCUGAGGCUCGUCAGAGUCCGUGUGGUCAGACUUCACAAGGACCCAGUCAACCACCAGCAGGUCAGAGCAUCUACCAGGCAAUGUAUCAAGGGAUGACACAGAGACCUCUGGCUCUGAGCAAGACAGUGAGCCAGAGCUGCCAGGAGAUGUCAUGGAGUCCCUCCCAAGUGCAUCAAGCACCAGAUAUGCUGUUCCAAAAGGACCCAAUGACAUUUCAAGAUCCAGAGAAGAGGGUUCUGUACAGCCGUAUUUGAAAUCAUUUCCCAGAACUCGGCAUGGUACUAGGAAAAGGGCUUUCAACAGCUCCUGGUAUAAAGGACAAUUCAUGGCUUGAAUAUUCUAUUGCCUUCAUUGGGAGUGGGCAGGAAGUCGACAGUCUGUCACAGAAGUGGGGGUUUGAGGCCUUGGCCGUUACACAGCUUGGACAGUAUGAGUUCUUCAUGCCAGGGAUGGUGGACACCCACAUCCACGCGUCUCAGUACAGCUAUGCAGGCACAGCCCUGGACCUGCCCCUGCUACAGUGGCUCAACACGUACACCUUCCCAGUGGAGGCCUGCUACAAAGACUUGGAGUUCGCCCGCAACGUCUACACCCAUGUCGUGAAAAGAACCCUGAGAAAUGGUACCACUACGGCUUGUUACUUUGCCACCAUACACACAGACGCUUCUCUCCUGCUGGGCCAAAUCGCAAAUGAUUUUGGACAGCGUGCCCUUGUGGGCAAGGUGUGUAUGGAUACAAACAACUUUGUCCCACAUUACAGAGAGACGCCAGACGAGUCCCAUGACGAAACCAACAGGUUCAUUAGUGAGAUGUUGAAGAAGAAGUACCCCCUUGUAAUGCCAGUGGUGACCCCGCGCUUCGCCCUGUCUUGCUCUGCUGCCCUGCUGGGUCACCUGGGAGAGAUCGCCAAGAAUAACCACCUGCACAUCCAGAGUCACAUCAGUGAGACAAAGGAGGAGGUGAAGCUGGUGAAGGAACUGUUCCCAGACUAUGACUCCUACACAGACGUCUACCACAAACACAACCUUCUCACUGACAAGACUGUGAUGGCUCACGGUUGUCACCUAACCGAUGAAGAGCUGAAGCUGUUCAGAGAGAAAGGGGCGUCCGUCGCUCACUGUCCCAAUUCCAACAUCUCGUUGUGCAGUGGUAUGCUAGAUGCCCGCAGGGUUCUGAACCACAAAGUAAAGCUGGGGCUGGGCACAGAUGUGGCAGGAGGCUACUCUCCCUCUAUGCUGGAUGCUGUGCGGAGAACGUUGGAUACCUCUAAAGCCUUGACCAUCCAGGACCCCCAGUACCAAACGCUCACCUUCGAGGAGGUCUUCAGACUGGCCACACUGGGAGGCAGCCAAGCCCUGUCCCUGGAUGAGCAUACAGGAAGCUUUCAAGCAGGGAAAGACUUUGAUGCUCUGCGGGUGAACACGGCCAUAGCAGGAGGACCCAUUGAUCUCAUCAACCACGGAGAGGGGCCUAAGGUGCUCCUGGAGAAGUUCUUGAAUUUGGGGGAUGAUCGGAACAUUGCGGAGGUGUACGUGGCAGGGAAGAGAGUGGUCCCAUUCGUGGAAACAACAUAGAUUUGGGUUUGGUUGCUGGAUUGUUGUCAUCUUGUUACCAUCUGUCUGAACCCUCUACCAGUUUACCUGACUGCUGUUGUAACAGGACAGGAGGUGAUGAGGAAAAUGUAUUCAACGAGAGGGAUUAUUACUCUAUAUACAGUGUGUGUGUGUGUGUGUUUUCAAUCAUCUAGUGUAAUUACAUACAGUUAAAUUCAAUGGAUGAUAUUGCUGCUCAUCGUGAAGUUCAGAGUGAAUCCUAUGUUGUCAUACUUAUGUCGUGACCCAAAGAACAUCAUUGUCUGUUGUUUUUGUUAUUUCAAAGUCGAGGGAAAUGUGUGUGUUUAUGAAUGUAGGUUUAUUCAAUACAAGUAACUUUUAUUUCCUGAGAGGGAACUUCAUCUAUGGUGGCGGCUUGAUAUUAACAAGAUAUAUAACAACACAGCAACAUAGAACACGAAAACAUGUGCAGUAUAAUAGAUUAGAUGCAAUCAUAGGCCAUAUACAAACACAAAUAAAAAUGUCAAGGGUUGAAGAGUUUGAUGGAUGAUGGCACAAAACUAGAAGCUGCUCUUUUAGACUUUGUAUGCCAGAGAUCUGUAUCUCUGCGCCAGGAGGGAAAGGGAGUUGUACUGGUCCAAGACUUAUCUCCGUGUGUAAGGUCCAAAGCUAUUUGUUCCCCCUAUUGUAUCUGUAGCUUUGCAUUUGUCCAGAUUUUACAGCAUCCUUGACUUCGUCUCGGGCCUAACAACACAAGUGCCAAUAUAUCCUCCAAACACCGGUUUCUCUGGCAUUAUCGCUUAACGGUCAUUAUUAUGCAACUGCUGUUCCAUGCUAUAGUGCUGAGUUUAGCAGAAAAAGCUACAGAGUAUCUGCAUGAUUUUAAGUGAAAAUGUGUCUCUUUUGUUUGUAACAUUUUUCAAGAGUUUUCACACCUGGAGGCAAAGGUUUUAACACAUUAUUGAUAGUGGUUCCAGGAUAAAGUGUAGGGUUAUAUGAAAAUAUAGAGGCUGAACACUGCAAACAGCAUAGCUUUAAAAUUAUUUUGUUAAAGCAAACAUUCCUCCAAGCCAGAUAUUUUCCCCGUCUCACUCACACACAGAUCUACUGCACUGUAGACCCAUCUGUGUGUGACAGAUGACAAGCUAGAAGUGACCAUGUCCAUUUGACAGCCUACCAUAGCACAAUGUGGGAUGUCUGUCAUAGACAGGUCCACUAUAAAGACUACAGAGAUUCGAGUUUCUGGUCCACAGCAAACACAUCCCAUUAUUUAUCAUAAUUGUCAGCGGUGUUUAAUUUGAGCCGGAUACUGCUGGAACAGGAGUGUUUCCUUCCUCUUCAAGAGGUCGCCAAUGAACCUAGAGCAACACACAACACCGUUUUGGGACUGUUUUGUUCUGGACACCUAUUUGGCUGGAUCGCAAUAAUUAAAAUACAAAAUGUCAAAGUAGCCUGUCAUUACGAUCAUUUAUGCGGUAUUAAAACAGAUUAAAGAGAAGUCUCCAGUUGUGUAAAAUGACUGAGGUAAAGUUUCAAGUUGGAUAUUCGACAGAUAUUCGCUCUUUCAAACCUCAAUAGCUUUCAAACCACUUGAGCCACAGAUUCCAAAUAAGUGUCAUGAUGUUGGAAAAAUUGCACACAUUGCGCAGGUCUUAUUUUCACGAUUUGGAUAUUUUAAUUCGUUUUCCAAAGCUAAAAAAAAAACGUGGAAAUGUGAGCAGGAUUUGGUAUUCCUAGUUGAAUUA